AUGAAUGCGACACCGAAUCCGAUUCCAAAUCCGAAGAAGAAGAAGAAGAACUCAUCUCCUCCAACUCUCUCCGAACCAGUCUCAACAACAACCGCAACAACAAUCAUGGCUGUUGACCAUUCAAACAACAACAACAACAACAACAACAAUAACAUUUCACAAUAUGCAAAUACUUCUUCUCUUCUUCUGAAUGAGUGGAUGGGGAAUACUUCUCUUCCGCAUUCUCAAUUGUAUCAUGUUUUGCUGAAUCAAUUAUCACAAAAACAUGGUGGUUCGAUGAGCAGACACAUUAUGGGUGGUAGUAGUAGUAGUAGUAGUAGUAGUAGCAAUCAUAAUGGUGCUACAGCACGCAACAGCAGCAGUAAAAUCACCACCACCCAAACUACCACCAAUAAUAUUACUCGUAAUAAUAAUACUAAUAACAUUCACAACAACAACAACAACACUUCUCCCUCCACACCACCUACUACUUCCAACGCUUCCAUUCACAACAUUAAUGAUCAACACUUGUCCAAGAACAAGAACAACAACAACAACCCUACGAAUGAUCCUUUAAGGCAACAGAAAACAUCAUCACCAAGGAUGACUCUUUCAUCUGGUCACACCACCUCCACUCCAACCACUUCCUCCUCACUUGUUGGAUUACAUUCCUUGUCAACUCCAACACCCUCUAUAUCUGCUAAUGAUACUACUACAACCACUACUGGUGAAGGAGAAGGAGGAGGACUUGCUCAUAUUCCUUCAAGGAAUCCACCUGCGACAUCAUCAACAACAAACGUGACAACGACGACGACGACGACGACGACUAUUACAACGAAUUCACCAAUGAACAACCUUUCGAUGAAUUCAACAACAACAAAGGAGGGUGCAACGAGUUUGACUCCUCUCACUGAUGUUGCUGUUGCCUCUUCAACGAGUAGUAGUAUUGCAACUACAAUUACAACGACUACUCGUCGUAACAACAACAACAUUGGGAUGACAUCUCUUUCCAACAACAACACCCAAGAGUUGUGUAAAUCAUCCAUUUUGGAUCAUGAACAAAACAGUCUUUCAUUCAAUAAUGGUGAACCCUAUCGAGCAGGUGAUCAAUUUCUAUUCGAAGAGAGUGUGUAUGAAUUUCAUAUCGAAUCCAUGGAUGAAUUGACUUGUAUUGGAUGGAAACAAUGUAUGUCAAUGAUGCCAUGUUCAUCAUCAUUGUCAUCAUCAUCACCAUUGAAUGAUCAUUCUUUUUUGAUGAAUCGAAUCCUAAUGAAUACCUCAAUGCAUUCCACUACCACUCCUACCACCAACAAGAGCAUGAUGGCAAAUCCACCACAACAACAACCAUUCAUUCAUUCCAACAACAACCACAACAACCACAACAACACUCCCUGUCAGAUCAAUAAGACUUGCCAAAUACAUCCUUCCAUCACCACCACCACCACCACCACCACCACUCCUCCUCAAUCUAUUCCUCCUCAAUCUAUUCCUCAACCAUCUUCAUUGAUUGGUAUUUCUCAAUUGUCCUUAUCAUCAUCAACUCCUACAAUACAAUCAAACCAAAUCGUUCUACCAAAUGGUUCUGCAUUUCAAAGAUACAUGAGAGAAUCUCUUACAGAUACCGUUCAGUAUUACCCCAUUCGAAAUUUGGAUGGAAGUGUGAAACGAUUUCAAUGA